GAUAGUAGAUGUUAAAGGUUAGCUAGGUUAUGGCGCAGCGAAGCGUUUCAACAAAUAGACCAGUGAUUUGUUUACGUUGUACGGAAAGAGAAUGAGGCUCUGGAAAAGAAAUUUUCUCAUAUACGUGGUGUUCAACUUUUGGUUUAUAGUGGAAGCCGAACGAAAUGUCACACAAAAUGUCACAGAAAUGCUACCUGUGACAACUGCCAACCCGUUACGAAAUUUGACAUCAUCACUUGAAGAUAUGUCCACAGGGCAACCAAGAAAUGGCACGACAGACGAAAUAAGAGAACGCAUGGUAACUUAUUGCAUGACUCCAAAUGAUGACACCGGUUUCUGUAUGCCGCUUGUGAACUGCACAAAACUGUUAAAACAGCAACAAAAUCCACAGGCUCAAGCGUUUUUGGACGAAUCGCGGUGUGGUCCUAGACAUGAAAAUACUAGCAAUCCCUCAGUAUGCUGCGGAAAACAUUCUAAUUAUAAAUAUUUAGAGAAAAGUCCGUUUCCCAAAUCCUGCGGUCGCCAAAACCUCACAAUCAGAUCACGAAUUCUGGGCGGCAAGGAAGCUACGUUGGGCGAAUUCCCUUGGUUGGCAAGACUGAUUCACAAAAACAACGCCGGCAACAGAAUAUUCGGAUGUACCGGUUUUCUGAUAUCUUCAAAAUUUGUAUUGACGGCAGCACACUGUCUCCUGUCAGAGAACAACCAGUUUUUGGGACCAGUAUUUGAGGUUCACCUGGGCGAACACAACACCAAAACAAAAAUUGACUGCAACGCGAAAAACACGACUUGCGCCGACAAGGUCCAGAUAUUGAGAGUUAAUGAGAUCAUCCCCCAUCCAUCCUACAGCAUGACGUCUAAACACCACCACCACGAUAUCGGUUUGAUCUAUCUGAAGAAAGGUGUCAAGUUGACGUCGUACGUAUCCCCGAUUUGCCUCAUCGACAAGCUGGAAUUUGAGCCCUUCGAGUAUUGGUUGAGUGGAUGGGGCAGUACUGAAACAGAAAACGUAAGUCCAGUAAAGAUGAAGGUGUCCGUUCCGCCAUACCCACAUCACAAUUGUACAAAGAAGUACGGCCAACUUCACGUCAAAAUUAUCGACAAACAACUGUGUGCCGGAGGGAAGAAAAAUAAAGAUAGUUGUGCUGGAGAUUCUGGUGGGCCUUUGAUGUUGGUGGUCAACGGGACCCACUGGUUUGCCGCUGGGGUUGUCAGUUAUGGAAUGGGAUGUGGUAGGCAAGACUGGCCUGCGAUUUAUACCAACAUCACGAGCUACAGUGGUUGGAUAAAAAGCACGAUGUUGAAGUGUCAAAACGAGAAUAUCAAAGUUAAGCAUUAAUUUUUUGUAAAGAUGCGAAUGUACGUACAUAAAGUGCGGUCAGUAUGUAAGCGUAUACAUUAUUGUGUUAGAUUUGUUGUCGUAGGUACAAACAUUGUAGUGUCGUCACUAAACGACUGUAAUAAAGUUUCCAAUAAUGACGUUAUAUACUGUGUAUAAAAUAUGAGAAUUAGGAAAAUAAAAUUAUUUAUUUUU